UAAGGCAUUUCACUGUACCUGUUGUAUUCAGCGCAUGUGACAAAUACAAUUUGAUUUGAUUUAAUAAUAUUAGGUACAUUUCAUAUUCACAAAUGUAAAUGGUCUUAUUCAACUAUUUCAAAACCUAACUUUUUUCACUUUAUAAAUGAAUUUAAACAAUAUGGCACUACUUUAACUAAAAGAAAAACAACAAGGCAACUAAAACUUGUUUCAUGAUUAAGAUGAGUUUGUUUAGGAUUCCUGGCAAUGUAAAUAGUUUGUAUGUAAAAAACAGACGUAACCACAGCAACUGACCAUUAUCGCGAGACUUUGUGGAAAUCCCUGAGAGUAGAGUGAUCCAUAUGCAAAAUCCUGAUCCUCGUGCCUGGACUUGGAAGUGGACUUGGACAUCUCUGCAAGUCAUCUUCAGGCCAGUGGAGGGCACAAUGACUCUACAGUUGUUAUCAAGCUCGACUCAUUUAUGAGGAUGGGGGUUAACAAACUAUUGCGCAUGUACACUAAACUCUGACCACCAUCCAGUGGGAUAAUCUUCUUCUUUGGAGAAAGCGUGGCGUGCCUGCCUGCCUAUGCAUUGGAUUUGAUUCCGGUUGUGUUUCGGUCCGCGGUAUGGACUCUCAAAAAGAGGCCCUACAAAGGAUAAUAACCACGUUGGCCAAUAAAAAUGAGGACCUCCAUAACUUCAUGGAAACACUUAGUCACUCUCUGGCCGGUGUCCAGGUGAACUCCACACAGGUGGUGUCCGACCUGGAGGAGGAGUUUGACAGGUUAUUCACCAUCCUGGUUGAGAUGAAGGAGAGCAUGAUCAACACCAUCAAACAGGAAGGGGCCAAGAAGACACAGGAAAUACAGAAUCAACUGACCCAGAGCAGCGACGCCUUGGAGAGUGCCGAGGAGCUCCUGGAGUUCGCCAACAAUGCUCUGGAUGUUCAAGACGAGGACGAGUUCACUAAGGCUGCCAAGCAGAUCAAAGAUAGGGUAACCAUGGCCUCAGCCUUCAGACUGACCAUGAAGCCCAAGGUCACAGACAACAUGAACCAUCUGAUGGUAGACUUUACCCAGGAGAGACAACUUCUCCAGAACCUCAAGUUCCUGCCUGUCCCCUGGGCCCCAGAGAUGGAGGUAGGGGACUGUCUGGUGUUAGACAACACGGUGUCCGUAGCCUGGAAGAUGCCAGUGGAGGACAGCAAGAUAGACCACUACAUACUGGAGUACAGAAAGACGGACCACGAAGGGCUGCCACGCAUCAAAGACCAGCGGUGCUGGGAGGUGGUGGACAACAUCAAGACCACAGAAUACUCACUGUCAGGUUUAAAGUUUGACUCCAAGUUCAUGAACUUCCGGGUACGAGCAUGCAACAAGGCAGCAGCUGGAGAAUACUCGGAUCCAGUUACCCUGGAAACCAGAGCGUUUAACUUCGGCUUUGACUCAUCGUCGUCCCAUCUGAACCUGAAGGUAGAGGACAGGACUGUGGAGUGGGACCCCCAGGGAGGCAAGGGGCUGGAGAGCAAGGUCAAGGGCAAGGAGAACAAGGGCAGUGGAACUCCGUCUCCCAAGAGGACGUUGACGACUCGGUCGCCUGCCAUCAGAGGAAGCAGAGACCGGUUCACUGGAGAGUCCUACACCGUGUUAGGUGAUACCAGUAUGGACUGUGGUCAACACUACUGGGAGGUGAAAGCUCUUAAAGACUGUAAGUCCUACAGUGUUGGAGUCUCCUACAGGAACCUGGGAAAGUUUGACCAGCUGGGUAAGACCAACACUACCUGGUGUAUCCACAUCAACAACUGGCUACAGUCCUCCUUCGCUGCCAAGCACAACAACAAGGCCAAGAGCCUGGACGGCACCGCGCCUGGACGCAUCGGGGUCUUCUGUGACCUGGACUCAGGACAAUUGUCCUUCUACAACGCUGAAACUAAGCAGUUGAUCCACACGUUCAAGGCUAAGUUUAGCCAACCUGUUGUACCAGCCUUCAUGGUUUGGUGUGGUGGACUGAGCCUCAGUACAGGGAUGCAGGUCCCCAGUGCAGUCAAGAGUUUCCAGAAGGACGAGAACGGCCUGGCAGGAUCCAACAGCAGCCUCAACAGCAUGGCCCAGUAGCCCAGACUGACUGGAUGCGUCUGGAACACCUAUUCCCUAGAACCCUCUAACUCAACUCUGGGGCUCCAGGCCAUUUCCACUGCGUUUUUUUUCUUCAUUGUUCCCCUCUAAUCAGGGCCUGAUUUAGACCUGGGACACCAGGUGGGUGAUUCCCCUCUAAUCAGGGCCUGAUUUAGACCUGGGACACCAGGUGGGUGAUUCCUCUCUAAUCAGGGCCUGAUUUAGACCUGGGACACCAGGUGGGUGAUUCCUCUCUAAUCAGGGCCUGAUUUAGACCUGGGACACCAGGUGGGUGAUUCCCCUCUAAUCAGGGGCUGAUUUAGACCUGGGACACCAGGUGGGUGAUUCCCCUCUAAUCAGGGCCUGAUUUAGACCUGGGACACCAGGUGGGUGAUUCCCCUCUAAUCAGGGCCUGAUUUAGACCUGGGACACCAGGUGGGUGAUUCCCCUCUAAUCAGGGACUGAUUUAGACCUGGGACACCAGGUGGGUGAUUCCCCUCUAAUCAGGGCCUGAUUUAGACCUGGGACACCAGGUGGGUGAUUCCCCUCUAAUCAGUGGCUGAUUUAGACCUGGGACACCAGGUGGGUGAUUCCCCUCUAAUCAGGGCCUGAUUUGGACCUGGGUCACCAGGUGGGUGAUUCCCCUCUAAUCAGGGCCUGAUUUAUACCUGGGACACCAGGUGGGUGAUUCCCCUCUAAUCAGGGCCUGAUUUAGACCUGGGACACCAGGUGGGUGAUUCCCCUCUAAUCAGGGCCUGAUUUAGACCUGGGACACCAGGUGGGUGAUUCCCCUCUAAUCAGGGCCUGAUUUAGACCUGGGACACCAGGUGGGUGAUUCCCCUCUAAUCAGGGCCUGAUUUAGACCUGGGACACCAGGUGGGUGAUUCCCCUCUAAUCAGGGCCUGAUUUAGACCUGGGACACCAGGUGGGUGAUUCCCCUCUAAUCAGGGCCUGAUUUAGACCUGGGACACCAGGUGGGUGAUUCCCCUCUAAUCAGGGCCUGAUUUAGACCUGGGACACCAGGUGGGUGAUUCCCCUCUAAUCAGGGCCUGAUUUAGACCUGGGACACCAGGUUGGUGCAAUAAUGAUCAGGUAAAACAGAAACCCAGCAGGCUCCGGACCUCGUGGGGUCAGAGUUUCAAUACCCCUGACCUCGUGGGGUCAGAGUUCAAUACCCCUGACCUCGUGGGGUCAGAGUUUCAAUACCCCUGCUCUAUAGGCACUAUAUAAGGAAUAGUGUGCCAAUUCAGACGCAACCAAUGAUUAACUGAACUCGCUCCUGUUCUGACUUCCUGCUUCCUGUGCAAGUACAAUCCCUUCCUGUUCUUGAUCUGUCAGUCAACCCAGAGCCGCCCCAACGCAUGAGAAACACUGAGCCUAUUUCUCUGUCUGGCGCUAGAAGAAACCAAACCAGCCUCGCCUUCCCUCCUCAUAGUUUAACCAAGCAGCUACAGACCCUUAAAGGAAGAUCUAGCCUCGUGGUGCACAUCCAUAACCCAGCUGCAGCAUUAGGGGUUAGGGGAACCCUCUGAACCAUGUUCCAGAUCUCUUAGGGGAUCGAACACCCAUAGGAUUCUCAUUCUGUAUCAGGAAUGCUAGAUGUUUCAUCAGGGAAUAGACCAGUGCUUUUCUCCCUUGUUUUAGUUAGAAUGCUGAGUUUUAGAUCAUUCUGUGUCUCUCUGAAGUGUGAAGGUGUGUUUUGGCAUGAUGAGAAACUCUGUUGAUUACUUACCAGCUGUAUAUUGUCUCCUAUAUUUAGUUUUUUUUAUGUAUGGCAGUGUGAGUGAUUGGCUUAGAUACACUUCCUCUCUCCUAGAGGAUUCUUUUGGUUUGAACUCUCAGUUUCUUCAGUAUGCUACUGAACAAUACCUUUAACCUCGUGGGGUCAGAGUUCAAUACCUUGUCGGAACAGAACUGCAAGUACACACUAUUAUUCCUAAUGAUGUAGGGUUGAAUAAUGGAGGACUUCUGUACUGUGUGGUACUGUGUGGUACUGUGUGGGACUGUGUGGUACUGUGGUACUGCGUGAUACUGCGUGGGACUGUGUGGGACUGUGUGGGACUGUGUGAUACUGCGUGAUACUGCGUGGUACUCCGUGAUACUGCGUGGUACUCCGUGAUGCUGCGUGGUACUCCGUGAUGCUGCGUGGUACUCUGUGAUACUGCGUGGUACUGCGUGGUACUCUGUGAUACUGCGUGGUACUGCGUGGUACUCCGUGGUACUGCGUGGUGCUCCGUGAUGCUGCGUGGUACUCCGUGGUACUCUGUGAUACUGCGUGGUACUGCGUGGUACUCCGUGAUGCUGCGUGGUACUCUGUGAUACUGUGUGGUACUCCGUGGUACUGCGUGAUACUGCGUGGUACUCCGUGGUACUGCGUGGUACUCCGUGGUACUCCGUGGUGCUGCGUGGUACUCCGUGAUGCUGCGUGGUACUCCGUGAUGCUGCGUGGUACUCCGUGGUACUCUGUGGUACUGCGUGAUACUGCGUGAUACUGCGUGGUACUCCGUGGUACUGCGUGGUACUCCGUGGUACUGCGUGGUACUCUGUGGUGCUCCGUGGUACUCCGUGGUACUCCGUGGUACUCUGUGGUACUCCGUGGUACUCCGUGGUACUGCGUGGUACUCCGUGGUACUGCGUGGUGCUGCGUGGUACUGCGUGGUACUGUAUGAUAAGUAGUGCUGCUAUUUAUGCAGCCCUUUCUUCUCUUCCUAUGUUCUGCCUGUUAGUUAUGGACCAGGCUGCCUCCCAAAUGGCAUCCUGUUCUCUGUGUACUGCACUACUUAUAGGGAAUAGGAUGCGAUUUGGGACGCUGUGAACCUGGACGCCACAGUGUGUUCUUAUCCCUGUCUGUCUGUCUGUCGUGUUCUUAUCCAGGUCUGUCUGUCUGUCUGUCUGGUGUUCUUAUCCAUGUCUGUCUGUCUGUCUGUCUGUCUGU